GUAUUAUAGUGCUCUUAUAUGUUUAUUGUUUUAGACAAUCGGACAUUGUGUGUUUGUAAGUGAGGUUUUGAAGUGUUUUAUAUUAUUACGUGUGGUGUUUUAGAUAUAAUGCAGUUUAUCAAGAAAGUGCUUUUGAUUGCCUUAACUCUGUCAGGGGCAAUGGGCAUCAGCAGAGAAAAGCGAGGUCUUAUAUUUCCACCCACCAGUCUUUAUGGGACGUUCUUGGCCAUAGCUGUACCUAUAGACAUCCCGGACAAGAACGUGUUCGUGUCGUACAACUUCGAGUCCAACUACAGCACGCUCAACAACAUCACCGAGAUCGACGAAGUGCUGUUCCCUAAUCUACCGGUGGUGACGGCGAGGCAUAGCCGCAGCAUCACAAGGGAGCUCGCCUACACUGUUCUCGAGACAAAAUUUAAAGAACACGGUCUGGGCGGGCGGGAGUGCCUGCUGCGCAACAUCUGCGAGGCCGCCGAGACGCCGCUGCACCACAACGGCCUGCUUGGCCACAUCAUGCACAUUGUGUUCACGCCGUCAUCAUCAGCGGAGGAAGGCCUAGACGACGAGUACUACGAGGCGGAGGCGUCAGGCAGGGCGGGCAGCUGCGCCCGGUACGAGGAACUGUGUCCCGUUGGCUUGUUUGACUUGAUUACUAGGAUUGUGGAGUUUAAACAUACCUGAGGUGUUUUGUGCUUAGUAAAUAAAUUAUUGGGAUUU